AUGCCAAACUUCUGGCCACCUAGUGAUCCUAUCAAUAGCUGUAAGGCAGUAGCGGUAUUCGUCGCAGGUUGGGAGUGGUCCAAUGAUGUCCAUAUGAACAUGAGAAAACCGACCAGAUGGGGUGUCGAAGUUUCCAAGAGGAGCGGAAUUGUGUCUCGACACUUUGGCAACGCUAGACCUCACACAUCUUUAGCCACUCGGCAAAAAUUAAGAGAGCUUGGCUGGAAGAGGACUGCCAAAGUUUUCGAACAAAAUGGUACCUACAUACUUUAG